AUGUCAAAGCAUCCGUUGUUGUUCCCACACGAAGAACUGCAAUUUCUCAAUGCUACACCAAAUACACCCCUUAAUAAUAAUUAUAAUAAUAAUAAGGCGGCUAUGGAAUUACAACCAAAUCAGUUUACUAGCCCCAUACGGAAAGCACCUCCAGUUCCAAACAACACACCCAACACGGUCAACUACAAUCACAAACUCGAGCAAAUGCAUCAAGAGCUAUACCUUUCAUUAAAGCAAACGGUUUUUAAAAUAGCGUCAUCACCAAAUUACCGGCACGCGCUGCUUAUGCCCGAUUAUGUCGUUGCAGAGGCUCGCGCUAUAAUAGAAACUGCCUGGGCUGGGAUAUCCGCCAACAACAAGGAGCAGGGGGAUGAUGAUGAUGAUGAUGAUGUUAAUAAUAAUACUAAUAAUAAUAAAAAUGAUACUAAAAGUGAUGUUUUAAAGCGUGUUGAUAUGGCUGAUGGCGGUGUUACUGCCGCUGAAAAUAAUAAAAACAAUGUUGCUUCUUCUAAUCCCCCACAUGGAAAUAUUGACCCUUCUGCACCUAGAAAAUUGCCCAAUGAAGAUUGCAUACCGUGGCUUGAUCAACAACUCAAUUUUUGCAUAUUGCCAAAUAAUAAUCUCAAUAAUGUUAAUAACAAUGCUAAUCACAAUAACAAUAAUAAAAAACAUGUGCUGCAUCAGACAUCCCAACAACUCCAACAAAAACUUCCAAAACCUCAUGAGCUUGACGUUUACUCUAUGCUAAAUCCUAAAAAGACCUUAAAUAUGGGUUAUAGGGAGAAAAUUGUUAGCUGGCUAUCUCAUAUCCCACAUCUUUUAGAUACAGAAACGAACGAGAUCACGAUGGACUGUUACCCAGGCGUUGUUGCGGAUAAUCUGAGCUCAAACAUUUCUAGUUUGUACUCGACUUCCGCAAAAGAGGAAUUUACAGGUCCAAGAGAGAUUGAUCUAGCUGAUAUCGAAGAUUUGUUGGAGUUUCAAGCACAAAAAAUUACAAGAUACGUCACUAGACUAUAUGGAGAAGAAUUUGAUUCUAAUGGUGGAUCAGUAGAAAAAGACUGUGCAAAUGGAAAGGCGGAAGGUGGUGUAGCACGAUGUAGCGAAGAAAAUGGUGCUAUUGCCAUGGAAGAAGACAUGACUGCUACUUUUCCAAUUGCUGAAUCUACAAAUAUCCCUUAG